AGGGAUGACAGCGACAAGAUGGCGACUCCCUUGAGCAGGACGCUGCUGGUCCUCCGCAGCGCAGCCUGCGGCAGCUUUAAGAAUGUGGAGGCACCUCUGGGCGUGCAGCAUCCUGCACCCUUCUUCCUGCCCCUCCGGACCAAGAAGAGGUACUUUAUGCCUCCAAAUGUGGGAGCGAAGAGCAAGACGACAGAGGACCCUGAAGCCAGGGCUCGAAAAGCAGGCAUCGUUUUCCGACAGGAGUAUCUUGAGAGGCCCAUCAACAUCGCCUGCACGGCGGGAGUGGUUGACCCGUACAUCCCUCCAGAGGGAGACGCUCGGCUCUCUGCUCUGUCUAAAGAGGGCUUGAAACAGAGAACUGAGCAGCUGCGACAGAGUGCUGCCUCACAGCUGGCGAUUCGUAAAAUCAAAGAGCAUGACUCAGUGUUUUCAACAAAGACUUUUGCAGAGCAAGCUCAAGAAAUCUUCGUCGACGCUCACAACUCAUUGGCACAGUUCAACCGGGAGAAGCUUCACUCUUUGGUGACAGAAAGGUGUUACCCUGAGAUGACGAGGGGGAACCGUUACAAGACGAUCCGCUGGAGGUUUGUGGAGUCCCUGGAGCUGCCCAGAGUCGUCCACGCCCGCUGUCCCGACAUGGUCACCAAAGGAAACCUGUACGGGCAGGUGACGGUCCGGAUGCACUCCAAGCAGACUCUGGCCAUAUACGACCGGUUCGGCAGGCUGAUGUUGGGCAACGAGGAGCAGGCGAAGGACGUUCUGGAGUACCUGGUCAUGGAGCGACACCUCACCAACCCGUACGGCAGGUGGAGGCUACAUGGGAAGAUUGUGCCGUCCUGGGCUCCUGCCAAGGAUCCCAUUAAUAAGACGGUGCUCAUUCCUGGACCAGAACUGAAGCCGUGGGAUGAAUUUGACGCCCUUAAUCACCAAGUUCCCAAACCAGCAUCGGUGCAGUGGUAUAAAUAGACCACGAGGGGGCGCCCAUUAAAUCACAAGAGAAAUGGUCAUGGGCCAAAACAUUGUUGAAUAUUUCACUGGGGUUGACGACUCAGACCUGGAAACCAGACUUCUGUGUGCUGCUUGUUGCUAUUUAAAUAAGGGGGUUGACUGUUUAAACGUUUGAAGCAGGAGGGGAGUUUUAGUAUAAACAAAUAACUGUCCUGAAGUCAUUAAAGCUGCUUCUUUACAACAAAA